AUGGCAGAAGACCACCUGCGAACGCUACGGCGUUUGAUGAAGCGAUACAAUAUUCGGUUUCUGCGACUCGACGAGGGGGUGCCUGAACUUCAUGCGGACACAUUCAAUAACAUCAAGAAACUAGGGAGUUAUCAGUUUGAUGUCUAUUCGGCUGGUGUGAAUAUUUGGUCUUCCAAAGAACCCUGGAAGCAGCAGAUCAAAGCCCGUGCCGAGUGGCUUUGCCAGCGCGCUGAGCGUUUAUUUGGUCAGGAGCGCAACGAAGCGGGCUGGCGCUUUGGGCUAGAGAAUCAUAUCCUAGGGAGAUUCUUAGCUGAAGUUGCUUGUCCGAGAUGCAGGGCGAGAAUCUGGCAGUCUGAGAUACAGGCUACAUUGAGUAAUAAUAAAAUCGAGCAUGAACGAGAACUUGAGCAACGCAGAAAACGGCGAAAGCCUUGUCAAUGUCCUCCCGGCGAACGAAUUAAAGACUACUACGAAAUUGGAACGAAUCGCCUCUUCGAUGACCGAGCCCAGGAGUUUGUUGUAUAUGACGAGCUUCUCAGAUCACAGCUCCCCAAACAAGGUCCAGAUCGCGUCCUGGGCCUGCAGAACACCAGGAAUUUGGAUACUUUGUUAAUGAGUCCCGUUCGACCAGAUCUUGCCAAGCAGCGAGACGAUACUGUCUCAGAUAUUCUUAAAUCUACGCCCUUCAAAAGUCAAGCUGAUCCUCUACUCUUCCCCUUUUUGCUCUUAGAAGCAAAAUCCGAAACGAGUUCCAGUGGAUUUGAUGCCAUCCAAGUGCAGUCAGCGUUCCCGAUUUACGCACUUUUGAAGCUUCAAGAAGAUUUGCGUUCCUGCGUGGAUUGGUCUUCAGGAGAAGAACGUUUUGAGCCUUUGGUAUGGUUUCUGGCCUCUCGCGGGGAUCAAUGGAAAGUGUAUGGGGCACAUCUUGAGAAGGCAGCAGAUGGGGGUCCUACAAGAUAUGUGAGUUACAAGGCUGCCGAAAUCCUGACGACAGUCCUAGAUCCCCACAAUAUUUCUUUUUUAUAUCGCACAACUAAUUCGGCAAACAAGGAUGUAACACUACUCUGGUCGGGGUCGCUCUUGCACAAAGACAACGCGUUGCAACUCUUGCUUAUUGUUGACUACAUAAUGGACUGGGCAAGGGAUAUCUACCGUACAGCCAUUCUGAAACAGCUACAAUCCUUGGUCACCGGCCAAGCAUUUGAUCAAAUCAGCAUUGUUGACAGUGAGAUUAUCUCGACGCGCAGGGAUCCAACUAGUUGGAUCCCUGCCCCACCCAGCACAGUGUUCGACGAUAUGGAGGAGUUAAGUGAUACUAUGGACGAAGAUGGGCCUCCACUCAUGUCACUCGAUCACCAGGCGAUGCUCGAUUUCCGGAUCCCAAAUUCAAAGCUCGGCACCGUCCGCUCUGCCUCUCUAAUAGACUUUCGAUUCGACUGCUUUUAUCUGACACAAAAACUUAUUCCGAGCUUUCUACAGGUUAUUGGGGGGCGGCACCACAAUCCACGUAACACGGAAAAAGCUGCGCGACACAUUAUUAAUUUUAUCACACAGUUUGAUGAGGUUCUUGUGAUGUCAGGGGCUGACCUUGAGCUUCUCGAAAGACUUUGGACCAGUACUGAUCGUUCAGAUCCGGAAGCCCGGGAAGAAGACUUCUACGUUAUCAUGGAAUGUAGCUGGUAUUUCACAGUCACUUGGCAGAUAACAAGGCAACUUUCAUGCUUUGCUAUUUCUAAAGCAGCCUUCGAUAUCAUGAAGACUUACGCACGGUUUUCUGUGCGUCGCAAGGGCAUCGAGAAUCUACAUCAACGCGAACGGCGUUGUUCUCAAAAGGUUCUCCGGCAGUGUGUUGAGUGUCUUCGGUCAGGCUCUCCCUGGCAAGUUCUCUUAGCCGCAAUUUCGAGCACUCUGGUUACUAUUUAUCCCCUACCUGUCCGACGUAGGGAAGAUUUCGCACCACCCAUUGAUGUCCUCGGCUUCGGCUAUGCUCGCGAGGACCGAGUGAGGACAUUCAUCUUGAGAUAUCUUAAACGGAAUUUAUGGAAACCAAAAAGAUACAUCACUAUUUCAAAUGAAGAACUGAAAGCCGCUCUGCGUGAAGGAUACACUGAGGAAGAGGUCAUCUCUGCAAGGCAUGAAAAGCCACCGAAACACACUGAUCAGUCCUGGAAGCGUAUAUCAGAACAGCGAACGCACAUACUCGAGGAAGAAUGCCACAAUUCCGAUCUGUGCGAACGAUGCCGCCUGGCAUCCGAGGCCACUAUUUCCCCCUUCGCUCACGGAUACUUGGACACACGCAACCAACCAUUGUUAUCCGCCUAUGGAACAGUCUUAGUAGUGUCAUUACGAGAUCCAGCACGAUCAUAUGUGCCCGACGCCUGUGUUUUCGCGCUUAGGCCACUCCGUGAUCUGAAAGACAAUAUGGCACUGUCGAUUAUGAUUGAGGAUCUAAUGCAGGGUGCUCUUGUCUACCAUACAAUGAAGUGCGGUGCCAACGACAUUAAAUCAGGCGUUGGCAUGAAACAUAAUUUGCCUUUGCCAUUCCGCCCCACAAUGCUCGAUGAGGAAGUCUCUCUAUUGAACUGGAUCCGGGAACUGCGCGACGAGCCACUGCUAGACAAGCAAGACCACCCCGGCUACGAAGCCUGGCUUAAGGGGGGAUAUAACCCUCACAUUUUUAUGUACUAUCUCAGCAUUGGUCAUCUUGAGCACGAAGCAUCGAUGCUCGCAAAAAACAAAGAUGAUCGGGAUUUUUACAGUGCGGUUGGCCGGAUUAGAGAGGACAAUGGUAAGGAAUCCUUAUUCGACUUUAGUCCUCACAGGGAAGUGAAACUCUGCGGAAAGGACCUUACCCCGCGAUUUAUGACAUGGGAUACCGGAAAGGAGUUUUUGAGACGAGAAUACCCAAGGCAGUUUCGGUACGUCUCGUCGUUGAAUAUGCCUCAGACACCAACUGCAAGGGGAGAGUCGAUGUCAUAG